AUGGAUAUUUCCCUACCGUCACCACCGCCGAAACAACCGCACGGCACAGCACCCCAACCGCAGUUGCCAGCUGCGCUCGCCAUCUUCUCCGCAGCCCCCUAUAAGUACCUCCGCGUCGAGGGCAGCACCACGGCGGCAUUUUUUGGGGGUUGGAUUGGAAGGCUCGCGAGGUAUGAUAUACACAAUUCACAACUAUGUGCUCAUGAAACGAGAGCUGGAACUAGAGUUAUGUCGCUGCAUAACAAACCUAAGAAGGCUCUAUCGAAUGAAAUUGUCCCGCAGGAUUAUAUUUGCACAAAAAAUGAUCUUGAUAUUAUUCUACCAAUUAAAAACAUGCCUUCUUUACCUGAAAAAGAAGUACUUGUGCUCAUCGAUGAUGCUCUCGUAAACAGGAGGCAUUUGGAAUGCCUUAUCCAACCGAGUGCAUUUUUGAAUGAUGAGGUCAUAAAUGCAUACAUUUGCUUAUUAAGGGCUCAAGAGCAUCUACAACGUAGGUCCGGUGGUACGGUCUACCUGGAGACUACUUAUGUCUCAACCCUUCUGAAGCGGGAUGGUGAUAAUAACAUUAGAAUGGAUGAUCUAUAUGCUGCACAUGACACCAUUGAAAAUAGCACCAUUGAACGAAGGGUGGAAAGAUACUUGGACCAUGACAUGGUAUUUAUUCCAAUAAACAUCAAGGGAAUCCACUGGUAUCUUGCUGUGAUUGACGCCAGAAAAAGUGAGAUACAUGUGCUCGAUUCGAUGGGUCCUGUAUAUGAUCGCGAAGACCUCAGUACCACUCUGAACGGAUUGCAGAGGCAAAUAGACAUUGUAUCGCAGCUCAAGGAGCUUAAAAACCACAAGUGGCAGAACCUUCGGGUUGCUUCAUGGCCGGUUAGACAAAUACAAUUCGAAAAGAUAAUGCAGACAUACAGGUACAUCUCAAAAAUUUGUUUACCUACAAUUUCCUUUCACUGA